AUGCCGGUAGCUGGCGAUGAGGACUAUGAUGAUGACGCGCCUAGAUCGUCGGCGCGCGGACGAGCGGUGGGUCGAAGGGCGGUCGACCACGACUCGGCGCAGAAUUUCGAGGUAACUCGAACAUGGGAUCUGCUCACUGAAGGUGCCGAUGGGACCAUCACAAGCGCGGUCGAGGGGCUACUCGAGGCAGGGAAGAGGAAGAGGCUCCUCAAGGACACCACGCCCCUCCAGCGAGGCAUUAUCCGACAUCUCAUCCUCAUUCUCGACAUGUCGCUCGCUAUGAACGAGAAAGACCUCCGCCCUACUCGCUAUCUCCUAACCCUAUCGUACACCGAGUCCUUUAUCCGCGAAUUUUUCGAGCAGAAUCCCAUCUCUCAGCUGGGGAUAAUUGGCAUGCGUGAUGGAGUUGCUACCAGCAUCAGUGAUAUGUCGGGCAACCCUACCUCCCAUCUGGCUGCGAUAAGGCAAUGUCGUCUGAGCGCCAGCACCGAGCCUAAGGGCAAUCCAUCGCUGGAGAAUGCGUUGGAAAUGGCAAGGGCCGGUCUCUUCCACGCACCCAGUCACGGUACUCGCGAGAUAUUGUUGAUAUUCGGGGCGUUGCACACUUCAGACCCAGGAGAUAUUCACAGUACGAUCAACAGUCUAGUACAGGACAAGAUCAGGGCCACCGUCAUUGGGCUAGCAGCUCAGGUCGCCAUAUGCGCCGAACUGGUUUCGAAGACGAACCAUGGCGACCAAUCCAACUAUGGCGUGGUUCUUGAUGAGCAGCAUUUCCGAGAGCUGUUCAUGGCAGUGACAACGCCGCCCGUUACUCACGAAAGUGCCAACCAGACAACCUCCUCCCUGCUGAUGAUGGGCUUUCCCUCCCGGACGGUCGAAGAUCAUCCAUCAUUAUGCGCGUGCCACACGAGACCCAGCCGAACAGGCUAUCUAUGCACACGGUGCAACGCCAAAGUCUGCACUUUACCAAGUGAGUGUCCGGUCUGCAGCUUGACCUUGAUCUUGUCCACCCAUUUGGCAAGAAGCUACCACCACCUUUUCCCACUGGUCAAUUGGAUAGAGGUGCCUUGGACUAAAGCCCAUCGAAGCACUGCAUGUUUUGCAUGCUUGAGGCCAUUCCCUGCCGCGCCAAAGACAUCUCAGCCAUCAUCUUCCACUCAACAGACUGGCGCUCCAAGAGCACCUACCUCGGCUACUAGUAAUCCCCAGCCCACGGUACCAUCAGCCACGACAAGCACGAGCAGAUACGAAUGUCCCGUAUGUCGUCGACACUUCUGCAUCGAUUGCGACUUGUUCGCCCAUGAGGUGGUGCACAAUUGUCCUGGCUGCCAGAGUGUGAGGAUGCAAACCAGUCUGAUGGGCGAGACCGAGGUUGUUGCCGAUGGUGCGCAGGGGAAUGCCACCACGGACGCAGUCGGCAAAGACAGCAACGGGACAGCGCAAGCCGAAGACGGGGAGCGCAUGAAUGUCGAUUAA